UCCGUCUCAUAUAUAUUCAGCAUAAUCCAUUGAGUCGCAACGCUGACCGGUGCGAGCGUGGUCUGUCGCCUGAUCUUCCAGAGAUGCCGAUUGUUUAGUUUUUUAUGGGCAUACGAGAUCGAAAAAUAAAGCAUUUCAAAGUGCUAAAGAGCGCAAUGUGUCACCAUCUUCAUCAGCAUAAUCGCUCAGCAGAUCCCAACUCCGUUCCAAGGGUAUAAAUAGAGGAGCGCUGGGUAGAUCGUGGCCAGAACCGGGUUAGAACCACACACAGGAAGAGCCAUCAUGAGAGUACGAGUUCCCUUCUGGAUGAUCCUCACGUUGCUGAUUGCCAGCUGUGUGGACUGGAGCAGUGCCUUCUUCCUGAAGGGUUGGAACAAGUCCAAGGGCUAUGGAGGCGGCCAGAGCUAUGGAAACAACUAUGGAUAUGGGAACUCCAUCGGUUAUGGCAGCUCAGGGUAUGGCAACUAUGCUGGUGGCUAUGGCUAUGGCUAUGGCUAUGGCUAUCCAUCGUAUCAGUCAUACGGAGGCGGUUAUGGAGGCGGCAGACGACCCAACUCUGGCCAACGCAAGGGACGCACCUACUCGGAAAUUGCACGAGUCCUGAAGCCCGAUGCCUACGUGGGUCUCGGGGGCAGUCGCUUCCUGCCCCGCACACCAUUCUCAAGAUUUUGGGGUUGAGCAUUCACUA